CCUAAAUCCGGUUGUAAGGUCACACUGUCUGCUUAUUCGAGUGAUUUAGCAUUUUUCGGCAUAAAGAAAAAAAUUGAAAAUUGAAACGGUGCACAAUUGUUGAACAUAACUGUGAGUGGAAACAACGCAGCUGGGAAAAUGAGUCUUACAUCCGCCGCGGGGAUAAUCUCCCUACUCGAUGAGCCGAUGCCGGACUUGAAGGUAUUCGCGCUGAAGAAACUGGACAAUAUCGUGGACGAAUUCUGGCCGGAGAUCUCCGAGUCCAUUGAGAAGAUCGAGAUGCUGCACGAGGACCGCAGCUUCCCGGAGAACAAACUGGCUGGCAUGGUGGCCUCCAAGGUGUUCUAUCACCUUGGCUCCUUCGAGGACGCCUUGACCUAUGCCCUGGGUGCUGGCGAUCUGUUCGAUGUGAACGCGCGGAAUGAGUACACGGAGACGAUCAUUGCCAAGUGCAUCGAUUUCUAUAUUGCCCAGCGCGUUGAGUUCAUCGAGAAUCCUAAGGAGGCCACCGUUGUGGACGAGCGACUGGAGGGAAUUGUGAACCGCAUGAUUCAGCGCUGCCUAGACGACAACCAGUUCCGUCAGGCCUUGGGCAUUGCGCUGGAGACGCGACGCAUGGACAUAUUUGAGGUGGCCAUCAUGAAGUCGGACGACGUGCGUGGCAUGCUGGCCUAUGCCUACAAUGUCACCAUGUCGCUCAUACAGAACCGGGGCUUCCGCAACCAGGUGCUGCGCUGCCUGGUCGGCCUGUACCGCGACUUGGGCGUGCCCGACUACGUCAACAUGUGCCAGUGCCUGAUCUUCCUGGAAGAUCCACUGGCCGUGGCCGAGAUGCUAGACACUCUAACCCGCUCCUCCGUGGAGACGAACAAUCUGAUGGCCUACCAGAUCGCCUUCGAUCUGUACGAGUCCGCCACGCAGGAGUUCCUCGGGAAUGUACUGCAGGCCCUCAAGGACACCGCCCCCAUUCCCACCGCCCUGCCCAGCACUUUCAAGCCACAGGGCACCAGUUCCGAGAACGGCGCCAAGUCGGAAGAUGACAAGGCCAAGGCGGAGGAAGAUAUCACAGAGGAAAAAGAAGCUGAUGUUAAGGUUGAGCGCACCAUCGACUCCCUUAACGAGGUAGAAAAGCUGCACCAGAAGAAUAUAGAGAAACUCAUCUCCAUCCUUUCCGGCGAGGUGUCCAUCGACUUGCAGCUGCAGUUCCUCAUCCGCAGCAAUCACGCUGAUUUGCAAGUUCUGCGUGGCACCAAGGAGGCCGUCCGUGUGUCCAUUUGCCACACGGCGACGGUGAUUGCCAAUGCCUUCAUGCACAGCGGUACCACCUCCGACCAGUUCCUGCGUGACAAUCUCGACUGGCUGGCCAGGGCGACGAAUUGGGCCAAGCUGACGGCCACCGCCUCGCUGGGCGUCAUCCAUCGCGGCCACGAGAAGGAUUCGCUCGCCCUGAUGCAGAGCUACCUGCCCAAGGAGGCUGGCCCGAGCUCGGGCUACUCGGAGGGCGGUGCCCUUUAUGCCCUGGGCCUGAUCCAUGCGAAUCACGGAGCUAACAUCAUCGAUUAUCUGCUGCAGCAGCUGAAGGAUGCUCAGAACGAGAAUGUGCGUCAUGGCGGCUGCCUGGGACUGGGUCUCGCCGGCAUGGGCACUCACCGGCAGGACCUGUACGAGCAGCUCAAGUUCAAUCUCUACCAGGACGAUGCCGUCACAGGUGAGGCAGCUGGCAUUGCCAUGGGUAUGGUGAUGCUGGGCUCCAAGAACGCCCAGGCCAUCGAAGAUAUGGUUUCGUAUGCGCAGGAGACGCAGCACGAGAAGAUUCUGCGCGGCCUGGCCGUUGGCAUCUCUCUGACCAUGUUUUCCCGCCUGGAGGAGGCCGACCCGCUGGUUACCAGUCUGUCCACCGACAAGGAUCCCGUCUUGCGUCGCUCGGGCAUGUACACCAUUGCCAUGGCGUACAAUGGAACUGGUAGCAAUAAGGCCAUUCGUAAGCUGCUCCACGUGGCCGUCUCCGAUGUGAAUGAUGACGUGCGUCGCGCUGCCGUCACCGCCAUUGGGUUCAUCCUGUUCCGCACCCCGGAGCAGUGUCCCUCGGUGGUGAGUCUGCUGGCCGAGUCUUACAAUCCGCACGUUCGUUAUGGUGCCGCCAUGGCGCUGGGUAUUGCCUGUGCUGGCACAGGAUUGCGCGAGGCCAUUGCUCUACUGGAGCCAAUGGUCAAGUUCGAUCCGGUGAACUUUGUGCGACAGGGCGCUCUGAUCGCCUCGGCCAUGAUCUUGAUCCAGCACACGGACCAAAGCUGUCCGAAGACCACCUUCUUCCGCCAACUGUACGCCGAGGUUAUCAGCAACAAGCACGAGGACGUUAUGGCCAAGUAUGGCGCUAUUCUGGCUCAGGGCAUCAUCGAUGCUGGCGGUCGCAAUGCCACCCUUUCGCUGCAAUCCAGGACGGGACACACCAAUCUUCAGGCCGUGGUCGGUAUGCUGGCCUUCACCCAGUACUGGUACUGGUUCCCUCUCGCCCACACCCUUUCCCUAGCCUUCACGCCCACCUGCGUCAUUGGCCUGAACUCGGACCUAAAGAUGCCCAAAAUGGAGUACAAGUCGGCGGCCAAGCCCUCGCUGUACGCCUAUCCCGCUCCGCUGGAGGAGAAGAAGAGCGAGGAGCGCGAAAAGGUGGCCACCGCCGUUCUGUCCAUUGCCGCCCGCCAGAAGAGACGUGAAAAUGCCGACAAAAAGGAGGACGAGAAGAUGGAUGUGGAUGAGGAUAGCAAGGAGGGUGCUUCGGCGGCCAAGAAGGAGGAUGAGGCCAAGGCCGACGACAAGCCGGCGACAGAGGAGAAGCCCAAGAAGAAGGAGGAGAAGGAGAAGGAUAAGAAAAAGGACGAGGACAAGGAGGCGGCGACAGCGACAAGCGACAAGGAAAAGGAGAAGGAGAAAGAGAAGGACAAGAAGGAGAAAAAGGAGCCCGAGCCCACCUCCGAGAUCCUGCAGAAUCCCGCCCGCGUUCUCCGUCAGCAGCUGAAGGUUCUCAGCGUCAUCGAUGGCCAGUCGUAUGAGCCACUAAAGGAGGUGACCAUUGGCGGCAUCAUCGUGUUCCAGCACACCGGCAAGGCCGAGGAUCAGGAACUAGUAGAGCCCGUGGCCGCCUUCGGCCCGAUGAAUGACGAAGAGAAGGAGCCGGAGCCGCCAGAGCCCUUCGAGUACAUCGAGGACUAAAUGGGCAUGCUUUUCGUCAUUAUCUAAGUAAAGGAAAAAACUGUUUGAUUUUUCAACCGCUUGCAUACUUUUCACGGGAAACCACAACGCUAACCCCUAACGCUAAUUAUAAAACAAAUAAAAAUGUUCAUCGUUUAUGAUGUAAA